CCUCAAGCACCGUAUGUUUCAAUGGAGAUCCCGGAACGCAGCUGCUCCUGCGGAAGCGUAAUGGAGAAAAGCGGAGCAGUUUCAUAACCUUGGGUGGGAGGAGCUUUGUCAUUCUGGAAGCUCUCUGAAAGAGGAGCGACCAAUGACUGUAUAUGAAGGGAGCGACAGAGAGGAGCAACGACAAAGUGAAAGAGAUAGAGCGACAGGCUAGUGAUCCUCUGUCUGAAUCCCAUUUCCAAUAUAUAGUUUUACCUACCUGAUCGAGUCGCGUGUGUACGGGCACCAUGCGCGCUUUUUAAGGGCGAUAAAACUAUAUAACCUUUUCACCUCUUUUGGUAUGUAAAGAAUGUACAGUAUUCAGAUGUGUUCUUUAGAAUAACAGUAUUUACAGUAAAUAGCUCGCUUUGUUUUUCAACUCAACAAGCUACACAGAGUAGUCAGCUGUAGAUUUUGCAGCGGGUUGUAGGCUACGUGCGUUCUGGACUGUUGAAUACCGUGGAUCAGCGGACGGGCAAGCACCUCGGGUUGUUUAUAACGUUUGACAUUCCCACCUUAGGCUCCGAGGAAAGUAGCCUAGGUAGGAAACGGGGAAACCCGGGCAAGGCGGGGCCGAACCGGAGACAGCCAAAGGGAUAAUUGAAGAACUCACGUUGCCUUGAAGCUUCGCCCUGUAGCCGAACCACUCGCAGAGUCGCAUCGUUUUGGGGUAACAAUCAUUUUCCACCCUUUGGAAUUUGGAGAAUCUUUAUUCCUAACUACUUGAUGAUUAGUCUACGCUUCAAGUAGCUUAGGCUACGGCGAACAUAACUAGUUUGUAUUUACACCUAUUUAACGUCGGCUGUGGUUAUUUGCUUUGGAAUAUACGUUUCAGGACGGAUUUGGGGGGAAUUAUUUCCCCAGCCCCGUUGGACCAUGGCGGACGACGACGUACUGUUUGAAGAUGUCUACGAGCUGUGUGAGGUCAUUGGAAAGGGUCCGUUCAGUGUGGUACGAAGAUGUAUCAGCAGGGACGCAGGACAGCAGUUUGCUGUGAAGAUCGUAGACGUGGCCCAGUUUACCUCCAGCCCUGGUCUCAGCACAGAGGAUCUGAAGAGAGAAGCCAGUAUCUGCCACAUGCUGAAGCACCCUCACAUCGUAGAGCUAGUGGAGACAUACAGCUCUGACGGCAUGCUCUACAUGGUCUUCGAGUUUAUGGAUGGUGCAGACCUGUGUUUUGAGAUUGUGAAGAGGGCAGAUGCUGGCUUCGUCUACAGUGAGGCGGUGGCCAGUCACUACAUGAGACAGAUCUUAGAGGCACUGCGAUAUUGUCAUGACAACAACGUCAUCCAUCGAGACGUGAAGCCCCACUGUGUCCUCCUGGCAUCUAAAGAAAACAGUGCUCCAGUGAAGCUGGGAGGGUUUGGCGUGGCCAUCCAACUGGGAGAGUCAGGACUGGUGGCUGGAGGUCGUGUAGGCACGCCCCAUUUCAUGGCCCCAGAGGUGGUGAAGAGGGAACCGUAUGGUAAGCCUGUAGAUGUGUGGGGCUGUGGAGUCAUCCUGUUCAUCCUGCUGUCUGGCUGCCUGCCGUUCUACGGUACCAAGGAACGCCUGUUCGAAGCCAUCUGCAGGGGAAAAUACAAGGUACUGAACCCCAGGCAUUGGGGGCAUAUCUCAGAGAGUGCUAAGGACCUGGUGAGACGGAUGCUUAUGCUCGACCCUGCAGAGAGAAUCACUGUCUACGAGGCACUCAACCACCCCUGGCUCAAGGAGAGAGACCGUUAUGCCUAUAAGAUCCACCUGCUAGAGACGGUGGAACAGCUGAGGAAGUUCAACGCCAGGAGGAAGCUCAAGGGAGCCGUACUGGCAGCAGUCUCCAGUCACAAAUUUAACUCCUUUUAUGGAGACCCACCAGAGGAGAUGCCUGACUUCUCUGAAGAUCCCACAUCCUCAGGACUACUAGUAGCAGAACGGGCUGUGUCUCAGGUGCUGGACAGCCUGGAGGAGAUCCAUGCGUUGACAGACUGCAGUGAGAAAGAUAUAGACUUUCUACACAGUGUCUUUCAAGACGAGCAUCUACACACACUACUAGACCUUUACGACAAAAUCAACACAAAGUCAUCGCCCCAGAUCAGAAACCCCCCCAGCAAUACUGUACAGAGGGCCAAGGAGAGCUCCAUCCAAGACGAAGCAAGUUCCACUUUGAAACACCUGGAAUAUGUACUGGAAGAGAUCUCUUAUUACCCAGACAACCACGACGCCAAGGAGCUCAGACGGAUACUGACCCAGCCGCACUUUAUGGCAUUGCUCCAGACCCAUGAUGUGGUGGCCCAUGAGGUGUACAGUGAUGAGGCUUUGAGGGUGACCCCCCCGCCCACCUCGCCCUACCUGAACGGAGAAUCUCCCGAGAACACCAACGGAGACAUGGACCUGGAGAACGUGACGAGAGUACGCCUGGUUCAGUUCCAGAAGAACACUGAUGAACCUAUGGGCAUCACGCUGAAGAUGAACAAUCUGAACCACUGUAUCGUAGCCAGGAUAAUGCACGGAGGAAUGAUCCACAGACAAGGAACGCUGCAUGUAGGAGAUGAGAUCAGAGAGAUCAACAGCAUCAGUGUAGCCAACCAGACAGUAGAGCAACUACAGAGGAUGCUGAAAGAGAUGCGAGGCAGCAUCACCUUUAAGAUAGUGCCAAGCUACCGGACACAAGGAUCUUCCUGUGAGAGAGAGUCCCCCUCCAACUCCAGGCAAUCCCCUGCCAAUGGCACUGGCCACUCCAGUGUUAACAGUUUCAUCUUGGAUCUGCCGUCAUCCGUCCAACCCAAGAGUCGACAGAUGGUCGUACCCAGACCUCCAAUCAAGGAUAAAAUGUCCGUCAAGAUCUACGUGAGGGCCCAGUUUGAGUAUGACCCCUCCAGAGAUGACCUCAUACCCUGCAAGGAGGCUGGGAUUCCCUUCCGGGUUGGUGACAUCGUCCAGAUCAUCAGUAAAGAUGACCACAACUGGUGGCAGGGCAAGCUGGAGAACACUAAGAACGCCACCGCAGGGCUCAUACCCUCACCAGAACUACAGGAGUGGCGUGUGGCGUGUAUAGCCAUGGAGAAGACCAAGCAGGAGCAGCAGGCCAGCUGUACCUGGUUUGGCAAGAAAAAGAAACAGUACAAGGACAAGUACCUGGCCAAGCACAACGCAGUAUUCGACCAAUUAGAUCUUGUCACGUAUGAAGAGGUAGUGAAACUGCCUGCGUUCAAGAGGAAAACACUAGUCUUGUUAGGGGCCCAUGGAGUGGGCAGAAGACACAUCAAGAACACACUAAUCACAAAACACCCUAACAGAUUUGCCUACCCAAUCCCACAUACAACCAGACUCCCUAAGAAGGAUGAGGAAAACGGGAAGAACUACUACUUUGUGUCACAUGACCAGAUGAUGCAGGACAUCAGUAACAAUGACUACCUGGAGUACGGUAGUCACGAGGACGCCAUGUACGGCACGCGGCUAGAGACCCUCCGCCAGAUCCACGAGCAGGGACUCAUCUCCAUACUGGAUGUAGAACCACAGGCCCUGAAGGUCCUGCGGACAGCGGAGUUCGCUCCUUACGUUGUUUUCAUAGCUGCACCAACCAUUACCCCUGGCAUCAAUGAGGACGAAUCAUUGCAGCAUCUUCAGAAGGAGUCAGAAAUUCUCCAGAAGACCUAUGCCCAUUACUUUGACCAGACCAUAAUCAACAACGAGAUAGAUGAGACCAUCAGACACCUAGAGGAGGCUAUAGACCUGGUCUGUACCAACGCACAGUGGAUCCCUGUGUCCUGGGUCUACUGAGGAAAAAACACAAAGCCCUCCUCUCCUCUGCUUUCUCCUCCUCUGCUUUCUCCUCCUCUCCUCUCCUUUCUCCUCCUCUCCUCUCCUCUCCUCCCUCCCCUCUCUGUACUACUGGACCUUUAUGGACAACACCUCUCCCCUCCCCUCCCCAAUGACUCCUCUUUAGCUCCCCCCUCCCCUUCUCCCCCUCCUCAGCGAUAUAUCUCUGUGAAAACUCCAUAGAGAUAGAGGACUCCUCUUUAUAGCUGUGCCAUUUUCGCAUCUGUGACAGCAUGGGCAGCACCAUUGAAGCUACAACCCAUAGGAAUCUCCACUUAGCUGACUACUUUGACUAGUUUAAAAUGGCCGAAGCAUGGUGGAAGCCCUUAGCUGCCCAUGCUAAUAGGACCUUUUGGCCACUUGAGGCCUCUAUUAUUCUCUAUGAAAAACUCACAUCAUUCCUUCAGGAAAAGAAAAGCACCUCAACCAAUCAGAAACCUCUGUGUACUGCACAUGACCUUCAGCAGCCAAUUGAAAUCCUUCAUCUACUGCAUACGCCCUGCAGCAGCCGAUGAGAUUCUGCCCUUACAGACUACCUAGCCAUAGUGUUGUAUAAACAAAAUAAACAAAUAGAUAUAGUCAUGUCUGUAUUAGCUAGGAGGCAACAUUUUUGUAGAAGUUUGUUUUAAAGAGACAGUACUAUAUCUCCUCCCCUCGUAGUGCACUGCAGCCUUCUGCAUCAUGUUACUGGCUGUGGCCCCAUUACCCCAUCCUUCAUGGAUGUUGAUGUUCUUUCUCCUCGAUCACACCGACAGCUUCAUUGCAUUGCCGUACACCAGAAGUACAUUCAUUUCCAAUGGUACGCUGCGUUUGCCUUGCAGCAUUGUUUUGCAGAGGCAGUUGUAAUGCGUUCUGUGUGGUAAAUACAUUGGAUAUAUUGAACGUAUGCAUGCUAGACGGCUUGACAGAAAUGGUAGCAGAAGGUGAAUGUUGAACUUUUGUUGCACACAUAUCCAGAUGAUGCUGCGUACCAUUUUGCACAAUGAUGCUGUAGAUGUGAUCGAUGUGUCAGCUGUCUCUGUGUUUCAGGUCUUUUCCUGCAUAUUCUCUUUCUCUCUCUCUGGACAGACUGAAGAAUAACCACACAAGAACCACACAAACACUCCAGCCUCCCUUUAUCUGGCUCUCAACAACUCUUUACUCCUCCUUUAUUAGUAGUGCUGAGAGAUUCAUUUCGGGUGAUUUUCGGUUUUUCAACAAGAUGUUGGUUCAAUAACUUGAAUUCCAUUUAGUUCAUUUUUUUGUGUGAGCCAAAUGCACUGUUUCUCUAGAGAGAAAUCAAAUAAUUCACAAAAGAAAUCAACUCAAGAACUAUGUGGGCCACUUGGCUGAAGGGAGUUGUAGCUUUCAUUAAGCUAAUAUUAUUUGAAGAUCUAGUAAAAGGAUUUUGUCAGACAGCUGUACAGCUAGCCUAGCUAAAUAGGACGACUAAAGACAGAACAAUAUGGGGAGUACAGAGAUAACGUUAUCUGGCUGGCUGACUGCUACUGCCUGAACAGCGAUAAGAUGACUUUGAGGAAUGAAAAAUAAUAACGUCAUCAAAUAAAAACCAAGUAAUAUAACACAACUGAAAUAUUUUAUUACUUCAGAGUAAUUUCCUAUUUUUCUAUUGAUGUCUACUCAAUGUGGACCUGACUGAGACAAUGGAAUAUUUUGAAUGUUUUCGCGAUAAGAAUGUUCACAAUUUUUGGUUUCGGAAUUUCCAUUCAAAUGCAACAACAAAAAAAAAGGUCAUUAUUCCAGAAUGCAUUUCAUGAUCAAACAAUAAUAAUUCAAACCAAAAUCGAAAACUAUGAUUAUUUUUUAAGAAUCAAACCAAAACCGACCUGACCUAGAAAAGCACUAAUCCCUCAGCACUAUGUAUUAGCCUUUAUUGUAAACUUUGUUCACAUAAUCAUUUUCUGUCUUUCUCUAAGCUCACUCUAUUAUUGUUCCUGUAUUGUAGUUCAGUUUCAUCUUGCUUCAUUUUGUACAUGUUAUCACCCUAGCCACCCCUCUCCCCUGCAGACACACACUCACACCUCCACAAGAUACGGUCUCUUCUAAAUAAAUCCAGAAAUGUUUUAGAGAUUUGAAUGAGGUCUCAUGCAUGUUGGACAUUUGCAAGCUUACAUGCCAUCUGUCCGUCAGUCGGUCAGUCCAUCAGUGUUCCCAGUGUCCUGCUGUAACCUCCUCUCUACUGAAAACCAACAUUCCACGCGUCUGGAAGACUCCACUCGACCAAUGGAAGCAAGGGGAACAGGAAAUAACAACCAACUAAAAUAACCUUGAAACCUAUGCACAUCCCUUGGCAUUUCAGACGACAUUUCUAAAAUACAACAGAACUUUCCAAAUCGACCAUGGUAGCGAGAUCGAUGUGUUUGUUAAAAAACAAUUGUCCUAUUUGUUGUAUAAGAAAAUUAAGAGGGGAUCAAAUUACAACUGAUUCCUGUUUUGCCAUUUCAGAAAUGUGUUGUCUGAGAGUACUAAUGUUUUAAUUAAGUUUAAUCAACGAUAGAUUAACGCUGAUUUGUAUUCUGGAUCAAAAAGGAUGUGUACACACUACGUUUUGCAAGGUGAAGGCUUUGCAAAGGAACAGUAGGCAGUUUGUGUAUCUGAAUAACUGUGUAUAUGAAAUAUGACUGAUGAUGAUAUAUGUAUGACUGCCCCAGUGUAAAAUAAUCUACAAUGAUAAAGUUCUUCAAUAUGAAUUUAAAAAUAUAUAUAUUUCAUUUUA